UCUGUGAGGAGCUAGCAGCACUGGGCUGGGUCUGCCUCCUGUGGUGUCCUAACUUAUUCAGGAUCCCAGGGGCAGUGAGCUUCUGGGAUGGAAGGUUUGUGUGUGACAAAUAGAUCUCAAGGCUGCUUUUGGGGAAAACAGCUGUUUGGGUGUUCUGGUUAAAAGUGGUGCCUUAAAUUAACCUUCAGGACACUCAGACUGAAGUGCAAGCAGAGCCUGUAAGGAAAAGAACUCUCUCUGAAAAUGGCGGAAGCUCAUCAGGCAGUAGCUUUUCAAUUCACAGUAACUCCAGAUGGGAUUGACCUGCGUAUGAGCCAUGAGGCACUCAAACAGAUUUACCUGUCUGGUGUCUAUUCAUGGAAGAAGAAGUUCAUCAGAUUCAAGAAUGGAAUUAUCACCGGCGUUUAUCCUGCUAGCCCAUCCAGCUGGCUUAUUGUAGUUGUGGGUGUGAUGUCAACCAUGUAUGCCAAAAUUGAUCCUUCCCUAGGAAUAAUAGCCAAGAUCAACAGAACACUUGAUACAACUGGCUAUAUGUCAAACCAAACACAGAACAUUGUGAGUGGAGUGCUUUUUGGCACGGGGCUUUGGGUUGCCCUUAUCGUCACGAUGCGCUACUCCCUGAAAAUGCUGCUCUCCUACCAUGGCUGGAUGUUCUCCGAGCACGGCAAGCUUAGUGCUGGCACCAAGUUUUGGAUGACCCUUGUAAAGCUUUUCUCAGGGCGAAAACCCAUGUUAUACAGUUUCCAGACAUCUUUACCACGACUGCCAGUUCCAGCUGUUAAAGACACAGUUACCAGGUAUCUGGAGUCAGUUCGACCACUCAUGGAUGAUGAAAAGUUCAAAAGAAUGGAGGGUCUUGCCAAAGAUUUUGCAUUUAAUUUGGGACCAAGGCUUCAGUGGUAUUUGAAGCUAAAAUCCUGGUGGGCCACCAAUUACGUUAGUGAUUGGUGGGAAGAAUAUAUCUACCUUAGGGGACGUGGACCAAUUAUGGUUAAUAGCAACUAUUUUGCAAUGGACUUCCUUUCUUUGUGUCCCACAACCCUGCAGGCAGCUAGAGCUGGUAAUGUUAUCCAUGCCAUCCUGCUCUAUCGGAAAAAACUGGACAGACAAGAAAUCAAGCCAAUUCUUCUGAUGGGAUCUACUGUUCCGCUCUGCUCAGCUCAGUGGGAAAGGAUGUUUAAUACUUCCCGAAUCCCAGGAGAGGAAUCAGAUACCCUCCAGCACGUGAAAGACAGCAAACACAUUGUUGUGUAUCACAAGGGCCGUUACUUCAAAGUGUGGCUGUACCAUGAUGGCAGAUUGCUGAGGCCCCGAGAAAUUGAGCAGCAAAUACAGAGAAUUCUUGAUGAUGAUUCAGAACCUCAGCCUGGUGAAGAGAAACUUGCAGCUCUUACUGCAGGAGAUAGAGUGCCAUGGGCUAAGGCUCGUCAGGCUUAUUUUAGCCGUGGAAAGAACAAGCAGUCCUUAGAUGCUGUUGAAAAAGCAGCAUUUUUUGUGACAUUGGAUGACGUUGAGCAGGGGUACAAGAAAGAAGACCCAGUGAGGUCACUGGAUGCAUAUGCAAAAUCACUGAUACAUGGCAGAUGUUAUGACAGGUGGUUUGAUAAGACAUUCACUCUUAUAGUAUUCAAAAAUGGCAAAAUUGGCCUGAAUGCAGAGCACUCCUGGGCAGAUGCUCCUAUUGUUGGACACCUGUGGGAGAAUGUGAUGGCAACUGAGUAUCUUGAACUGGGCUAUUCAGUAGAUGGACAUUGCAGAGGAGAUACCAAUCCAAAUAUUCCUCUUCCUACCAAACUGCAGUGGGAAAUUCCAGAAGAAUGCCAAGAAGUGAUUGAGAAGUCUCUGAGCACUGCCGUAGCUCUAGCAGAUGAUGUGGACUUCUGUUCAUUUUAUUUUGAUACUUUUGGGAAAGGACUGAUAAAGAAAGUGAAAACCAGCCCUGAUGCCUUUGUGCAGCUUGCCCUGCAGCUGGCUCACUACCGGGACAUGGGGAAGUUUUCUUUAACCUAUGAAGCCUCCAUGACACGGCUGUUCCGAGAAGGCAGGACCGAGACGGUUCGUUCGUGCACCGUUGAGUCCUGUCGCUUUGUUAGGGCCAUGGAAGACCCAAAUGAAAGUACUGAAAAUACGCUGAAGUUCUUCAGGCAGGCAGCUGCCAAACACCAGCACUUGUAUCGCCUGGCCAUGACCGGGGCCGGCAUCGACCGCCACCUCUUCUGCCUCUAUGUCGUGUCCAAGUACCUGGCUGUGGAUUCUCCUUUCCUCAAGGAAGUUUUGUCAGAACCUUGGAGGCUGUCAACGAGUCAGACACCACAGCAGCACAUUGAUCUGAAGAAGAACCCGGAGAUGUUGUCCUCUGGUGGAGGGUUUGGGCCGGUGGCUGAUGAUGGUUAUGGUGUUUCUUACAUUAUCUUGGAUGAAAAUUCCAUCCAUUUCCAUGUCUCCAGCAAAAUAUCUUGUUCUGAGACGGAUUCUCAUCGCUUUGGACAGAACAUCCAGAAGGCAAUGGUUGACAUCAUGGGUUUAUUUAACCUCAGCAAAAACUGCACAAAGUGAUCUGCAUUCGUGGUGCCAAGCAAACUCCUCUUGCUGGGAUGAGAACUCUCCUGCACAGUGAACAAGAGCAAGGUUUGUUGAAGAGUAGCUGGAGAAGAAACUGAGUCAGCACCUUCCUGAUCACCUAUUAAAACCUUAGCAGUAUAUUAAAUGUGUCUUUUUUGUUGUGGUUUGUUUUUUUUUUUUUUUUUUUUUUUUUUUUUGUCAAUAGUGUGGAAGAGCUUAUUUUGACAAAGGAUGACUUUUAAAAUCUUCUGUGUUUCUAGGGAGGAAGCCUAGCAUCAUUGCAUGAAGUCAUGUAUAUUCUAACUUCUGCAGUUUUCUCUUAAUUUGUAAACACUUUCUCUUUUUUUUUUUUUUAAUUUUAAAUUAGUUUACUCGUUUCCAGAAUCAAAGGGAUAAAACACACUGACCUAAAUACUAGAAAAAUUUGAUUUGCUCUGUAUUAAUAGCAGAAUGUUCUUCAGUGUAUCUGCUGCUUCAUGUAAAUGAGCGACAAAACUUGUGGCCGUUUGCCUUCCUUGGUUUCUUUUUAGUGGUAAAUUCUGUAAAACAUACCAAAAAAAUCCCUGCUGUAACCCACCAUAACACACUAAGCUGUAGAAAUUUUUUGUUUUUUGAAAAGAAAAAAAAAAAAAAAGAAAGAAACCCAACCAUUGGAUAGUACAAUGUGUCCCCUCA